UAUAGUAUAAGCAGUACAAGUAAUUCCCGAUUCUUUGGAAUUAAUUAACUAAGCUUUAUCAGCUUUUUCCUCCCUGAGAAUCUGGGACCAGGCAUCCCAGCAUUCCAUCCUCUAGCUACAAGCAAAGCCAAAAGAAACCUGUACAUCACCUUUUAUAGAACAGUUAGUUGCAGAUAGACCCCUUACUAUCUCCCAAUUGCCAAUAGACCCCUAUAGUUUUAUUGUUGCAAAUGGACCCCCAAGUGAAAUGAGGUUUCCUCCUUCUUCGAGGGGAAAAGAGCAAAGAAAAAUAUAUAUAUGUAGGAAUCUAUCUGCUACAAUGAAAGUACAUAGCUCUAUCCCCAAUUCAGUUGUAGUAUAAGGGGUUUAUCCGCAAUUAACCCUUUAGAGAACAAUAUAUAUAUCGGCAUUCACAUGAAACCAAUUUUCAUGCAAAACUAGCCCCUGAAAUAAACCGAAAAAUGGAUCCAAGGUUAGCAGCACAAGAUCAAGAAACUCCUUCCAUUUACCGCGAUACGAGUUUUCUUCGCAGUCAUCGAAAGAUUGAUGAUGCCAUACACCAAAACAAUAAAGACUUUCUUAGGGAACGCGCUAAGCAAGGCCCAGUCAACCUAUCAGAAGACCCUCUCCUCAAUGUUUUGAUUGCAUACAACAAGACCGAUCUUGCUAUCGAGAUUUUGGCGGCGAUUCCAGACGACCAACUGUCGGAGUCGAAUCAUGAUGGAGAUACAGCGCUUCAUGUAGCUGCAACGAAGGGAGAUGUGACGAUGGCUCAAGCAUUGAUUAAGAGAAAGCAGGACCUUGUUAACGCCCGGAACAAACAGCUGGAGACUCCUCUUCAUAAAGCCGCAUUGUUUGGGGAGAGUGAAAUGUUUUGGCUUCUUGUAGAGAAGGGCGGUCAUCCGAGUGCUCGGAGAGAAAAUGGUGCUACUGUUCUUCAUUCCGCUAUUAUGGGCAAUGCUCCGAGUCUCGCCUUGGAAAUAGCAAGUGAAUACCGUGACCUGAUGACAACCCGCAACGAUAGAGCAGUCACACCUCUGCAACUCGUGGUGACUAUUCCAGAUGCAUUUCGGAGCAAAUUAUCUCUUGGGUCCUUUUCGGCUCUUAUUUAUGACUUUAUUCCUCUAGAAGACAGCAUUGCUGCCAAUAUGACCCAUAAAGGCGAUCUAGAGAAGCAAGUAACACAUGAAAACUCUGAUCAAUCAUACUGGCCGCUUGGAGAUGCAGCGGAGAGGGCAGGCAUACGCUUUUUAACGAGACACCGAAGUAAAUUUCCACCCAAUUAUGCAACCUUCUUUGACUUGUUAACGACUGCUUGGAUUCCAGUUUCUAUUGCAGUCAGAUGGAUAAGGGUGCUUCUCCUCAUAAUUCUGAAGCAAAUGUUUUCCGGAGUUGUGUACCUUGAACAGCAGAAGAUAAAACAUAAGCAAGCAAUGGAGCUUGUUCAGUAUCUGGCGAAAGAUCCUAGUUACUGGGAUUUCAUUGUGAAGGGAAGGACAGCUCCGUCUGAAGAGGAAACUGCAGACUCCAUUAGAAAGAGGAAGCCAACAGUUUCCUCAGAUGACUCCGGUAAAAUGACACGAGCAAAAUCCAUGUUAGGAGACACCAAGAAUUCUGACAGCAGACGAUGGGAUGAGUCACCAUUAACGCUCGGGGCUAAAAUGGGUCUCCACGAGUUUGUAGAGCAAAUCCUCAAGGUAUGUCCACAGUCGGCAAUAUUCUUGGACUUUGAGGGAAGAAACAUCCUACAAGUUGCCAUCCAAAAUGGUCAAGAAAAGAUUGUGGGGAUCGUGGAGUCAAUGGUCACUGGCACUAACCCGGUGCUUCCAUCAUGGUUGCUGUCGAGCAUUGACAAAAACACUAAGAACACUAUCUUGCAUUUUGCUGCAGAGAAAAUGGAGAAAGAAGAUGCGUCUCCUCUACAAAUGCAAAAAGAACUCCAAUGGUUUGAGAGGGUUAAAAAGCUGGUCCCCAAAGAUCUGGAGUACAGUCGCAAUGAAGGCGAGAAAACAGCACACGAGCUCUUCACCGAGAAUCACAAGGACAUGGUAAAAGAUGCCAAGGUUCAGCUAGUAGAAAUCGGGAAAACAUGCUCAGGUCUUGUCGCCGCGGUAGUCUUCGCCUCCAGUUUCUCCAUUCCAGGUGACCAAGAGAACGGAAACCCCACUUUCUACCACAAGACAGCCUUCAAGGUCUUCAGUCAUUCAUACGUGGUCGGCCUUUCUUGUGCUUCCACUGCCCUUGUAUUGUUCUUGACCCUUGUGAAUUCUCCUUAUAGAGAGCAGGACUUCCGUAGGUCUCUCCCGACGAGGUACUUCUUUGCCUAUGUGUCCUUAUUCUUAGCUUUGGUGUCACUUCUCGUGGCUUUUUCGUGCAACAUCUACCUCAACAUAUAUGGAGGCAGGAAAGCACAAACCAGUGAAAUACUUCCGCUAGUGUUCGAGCUUACAAUAUUUCCUGCACUCUGCAUCUUUGUGUUGCUAUAUCGAGGAUCUGACUUCGGUCUUGCAGCCUUUUUACGGCGUUUCUGGCAUUAAGUUGCGUAGUACCAAUUUGGAAGGUUAAAUAGAUGGAUUAGAGGGUUUGAUUGAUUCGAAGGAUAAAAUCUUGGUAUCUGUAGUGAUUUCGUUUUUCCCUUUUCGGUAUCUGAAUUGGUAGUUUGCGGUUUCCAUAAGUUUGAAUAAAAAAUGAUAUAUUUGUUGGUA